CGAGUCAGCCUGAUGCGCGCCGCGCCGUGCGCAACAAACUUUGGCAGCGCCAAGUUGACGCCGAGCGCAGGAGAGGAAGAAGAAGAGGAAGAAGAAAAAGAAGAAGAAGAAGAAGAUGCGCUGAACGUCAACUCGGAGUGGUGGAUUUAAACUUCCUGCGUGGUUUUAUUUGCGUCCUUCUUCAUUUCUCCCCUUUGGCGCUCGGCGCGCACGCGGAGCGCAGAGCGCAGGCGGCGCGAUGACGUCCCGCUAACAUGGAGGCAAGCAGCGGCUCCAGCUUCGGGAUUGACACCAUCUUGUCCGGCGCUCCCGGCGCCCUCAUGAACGCCGCCGACUUCCGGCUGGCGGACUUCCGCCGGCAGGACACGCCGUCGCCGCCCUGCUCGGACAUCGAGGCGGCGGGCACGGCGCCCUCGUCGCCCGACACGCUCUCGGAGCAGGCGGCGGCGAGCGAGGACGCGCAGGCGGCGGCGCGGGACGGCGGCCUCGCGCAGCAGCAACACGCGCACCUCCUGCACCCGCACCACCGCCACCUGCACGCGCACCUGCACACGCACCCCCUGGCCGCGGCGGCCGGCGGCGCGCCAAGGAGCGCCACCUCCUCCUUCCUCAUCAAGGACAUCCUGGGCGACGGCAAGCCGCUGGCCGCCUGCGCGCCUUACAGCACCAGCGUGCCGUCGCCCAAGCCCGAGAGCGCGGCGGCGGCCGACGGCUUCCGGCCCAAGCUGGAGCAGGACGAGGCCCGCGGGAAGCUGGAGCGGCGGGACGACCUCCUGCACGGCGACGCCAAGUGCAACGGCAGCAAAGAGGACGCGGAGCGGGAGAUCUCCAGCAGCCGCGACAGUCCGCCGGUGCGCACCAAGAAGCCGCGCAAGGCGCGCACGGCCUUCACGGACCAUCAACUCAACCAACUGGAGCGAAGCUUCGAGAGACAAAAGUACCUGAGCGUGCAGGACCGCAUGGACCUGGCGGCCGCCCUCAACCUCACCGACACGCAGGUCAAGACCUGGUACCAGAACCGACGGACCAAGUGGAAGCGUCAGACGGCGGUGGGUCUGGAGCUGCUGGCCGAGGCCGGCAACUACUCGGCCCUGCAGAGAAUGUUCCCGUCGCCCUACUUCUACCACCCCAACCUGCUGGGCUCGGUGGACGGCGGCUCGGCGGCGGCGGCGGCGGCAGCGGCGGCCAUGUACAGCAGCAUGUACCGGACUCCCUCCGCGCCGCACCCGGGCCUGCAGAGGCCGCUGGUGCCGCGGGUGCUCAUCCACGGCCUGGGCCCCGGGGGCCAGCCGGCGCUCAACCCCAUGGCCGGGCCCCCGCGGUAAAAGGAGACGCGGCCGGCCGACCGACGUGAGUAACCGAUGCCGGGACGCGAGAACUAUUUCCCCGCGGAGGAACACAGAGACACAGACAGAAAGAGAGAGAGAGACAGGAGGAAAAAAAGAGACUUUCCGGAAGUGAGAGGAGCUAUUUAACACUUCCGGUGUCUGAUUGUCCGUUUGUUUGUCUUUUGUACAAAUCCACUUAUUAGCAAAUAAACAUGAAAGUUUAUUAUUAGAUGGAGAAGAAUGAAUAAAGAAGUAA